AUGGACAAACGAAGAAGCGCCCCUUCUUUGUUCUCUUUUCGCGCCGUCCGAGGAGAGAUCCCCGAGGCGUAUCGCAACGUCUCCGCGCGCGCGAUACCGCGCGCGUCACUUCCUCCCCGCGCGCGCUCGAACGCGAUGCGCCUCCGCUCGCGCCUCGCCCCGCGCGUCCUCGUCCUCGCGCUCGCGCUCGUCCUCCUCCCGACGUCCGCGCUCGCGGACCACGACCGCGAACGGUGGCCGACGCGGAAAGACGCACGCGAGUUCGUCACGCAGCAGAGACGAGAGGCGGAAGAGGCAGUGAGAGAGGUUCGCGCGUACGCCGCGCGCGCCGCCGCCGCCGCCGCCGCCGCCGCCGCCGACGACGACGACGCGAACGCGACCGCGCGACUCGCGCAGGCGUCGCCCUCUCCCGCGCCGCCGGCGAACGACGCGCCCGCGGUGUCCGCGUGCGACGAGUGCUGCCGCGGCGGCGACUGCUCCGCGGCCUUCCGAGGGCAACCAGGCCAGUGCUGCGGCGUGAUCGUCGCGCAGCCGUACUGCUGCCCCGCGUCCGGGGCGUCGUGCGUCGCCGCGGACGGCGCGUACCGCUGCCGAAGCACCUCCUCCUCCUCCUCAGCCGCCUCGGAGCUCCGAAACGUGAGCCCGUGGUACGCGUUGCUGUCUCUUAUCAUUCCCAUCGCGUGCAUCGGCACGUGCUGCUACAUGUGCCUGAAGAAGCCGUCGGAGCAGCCCGCGAGAGGGGCGACGUACUCGUACGCGGCGUUCCCGCAGUACCCGGGGCAGCAGCCCAUCGCGCACGACGCCCGCGGGCAGCCGAUGUUCGCCGCGGCGCCGCCGCGUUCGAAUCGCGGAUACGGGAUGAGGCGCGUUCUAUCUCACACUGGUCUUUCGCGCCCGCCGAUCGCGCCUCGCUUUCGAUUCCCGAUCGCGUCCGCCGCCUUUCAACUUCAACUGACGCGCCUCUGA